CACGCCAAAGCCCACACGCAGAAUUCCAACAAGCACUGCAGCACGACACCACACCAUACCACAUGGAUCUAAUGGUGAACCAACACUUUGUAGAAGCAAGCGGGAAGCCACAAGGGAGGAGCAGCGGGGUGCGAGAUAUCUCGCUCGAUCUGAUGGUGCUGUCGGCUCGCUGGUGUCGGGCGGGCGUGGCGGCGUACGUGCGGGUGCGGCACGCCGGGGCGGCGGGGCGGCAGAGGCAGGAAUGCCGCCGGAGAUUUCGUCUCCGCCGGAGGAACGCUGGAGCAGAGCGCACCGCUGCAGGGCCAGGAGAGGCUCGCGGAGGAAGGGAACGAGCGGCGCUGCCGGCCCCGGUGGUCGUGCCGCCGCCACUGCCGCGCGUCUGUCGGGGUCGGGGGAGAAGGAACUCCUGUGGGCCGGCCUGUGGCAAACGGCCCACAAGCCCAACUGGUUCCCAAGGUGAGCGACGGCGAUGGCGUGUCAGGGACCUUGAAAUACCCCACCUUGGCGCCCGAACGUAACCGUCUCAACCGACAGCGCCGCCCUUGCCCUCCUCUCCGCCUCGCCGGAGCGCCAAGAAACCAAGAACCCAUCACCCCACCUCUCUCCGGCCACCGAUGGCGAUGGAGCUGUGGAACGACAGGCACCACGUGUGGCUGCGGAGCCGCGGGACCGGCGACUACCUCCACGCCGACGACGACGGGGUGGGCGUCUCCCUCCAGGGCUGCCGCGCCACGCUCAACGCGGCGUGGGCGGUGCACGUCUACCACAACGACCUCGGCAUGUACCUGCUCCUCCACUGCGCCGCCUACGGCACCUACCUCGCCGCCACGGCCAGGCGGCCGCCGCUCGCCCACCGCGGCUUCCGCGUCGUGCAGCGCAACUACGACCAGCCGGAGGUGCAGUCCAUCAUGUGGCAGGUCGUCGGGGCCGGCCCCGGGACCGGGAACGCCGUCCUGCUCCGCAACGUCGCCGGCCGCUACCUCCGCGCCAACGGCAAGUACCUCCUCGUCAACAACGCCGUCACCGUCGACGACUACGACAACAUCAGCAACAUGAUGCACUGGAUCGUCGAGCCCAUCCCCGCCAGGAUGGGCAUGCCUGCCAUUUCAGAUCGCCCGAUCAAGGAGCAUCUCCCCGGGGACUUCUCCGUGGUCGUUCUGCGACGCACGGUGGAGCCGUUGCGGCUGAUUCGGUUCGUGCUGUCGAACAACAACGGGCUCUACCCCGAGGAGGGCUGGUUGGAGUGCCGUUACAGGGGGAGGUCCGUGUACCGCCUGAGGAACGACCUGGCCCGCCGCCUUGGCUUCAGCCACGGGCUCUACAUCCUCAUGUGCGUCCGAGCGGGCCGCUACGGGAGGCUGACCCCACUCGUCCAAAACCUGCCCCGCCACCGCCAUGAAGUUACCAUCGAGAUCGUCGUCUUCAUGGAAAGGGCGCUAGCCGCCCGUGCAAUGCGACACCCAAAUGUGGACUGGACGGAGAGGGGAGAAAGAGAAGCGCGGACGGGCUUACGGUGGCCUGUUUCAGGACGGGGAAGACCUAGGGUUAUCUAUGCACCUAGAAGAGCAGAAAGAUAGAUAUACAGCUCCCAUGUUUCUUCUGCAAGUUAAACUUCUGUUUGCUUGCUACUGCUUCCUGGAUUCCUUGUGGGUGAUGGAUGCAUAUCAUGCAUUCCGUAUAGCAGCACGAAUAAAUAAUGAUCAAGCAGUGAACCUAGUGCUUAUGGAAUUGAACAAAUGGAUGAGUCACAGGUCGACAGGGUUGCUUGUA